AACUAAAGAAAUUAUAAAAGAAAGAAGCGAGAAUUAUGCUGGUUGGGGAGUUGAUGUUCUAAUUUUUACAUUAAAAGUAGAAAACUUUUUCAAAUAACUAAAGAUAUGGUAAUUUAUGGAAUAUACAUAGUGAGCAAGUCAGGAGGGCUCAUUUACAACUAUGACCACAACAUCCCGCGGGUGGAAACUGAGAAAACUUUUGGUUUCCCUUUAGAUAUCAAACUGGAAUAUGAAAACAAAAAAGUUGUCGUAGUUUUUGGACAAAGAGAUGGAAUUAACGUUGGUCAUGUUCUACUCUCUGUAAACGGCUCACCAGUCAAUGGUCGCACUACAGAAGAUGGGAGAGAUGUAUUUGAUAUAAUAGGAGUCAAGGACAGUUACCCUCUAAGCCUAAAGUUUGGUCGCCAGAGAGCUACAACCAAUGAGAAGAUAGUGCUGGCCAGCAUGUUCUACCCCCUGUUUGCCCUGGCCAGCCAGCUGAGCCCUGUGCCCAAGUGCUCCGGCAUCGACACACUCACUGCCGACACCUUCAAACUCUCGUGCUUCCAGACUCUCACUGGUGUGAAGUUCAUAGUGGUGACGGAUCCCAACAUGCAGGGCUCGGAUGUUGUCCUGAAAAGGAUCUAUGAGCUGUACUCAGACUAUGCUCUCAAGAACCCCUUCUACUCCCUGGAGAUGCCCAUCCGCUGUGAGCUGUUUGACACCUCCCUGCACACACUGCUGGAGCUUGUGGAGAAGUCGGGGACUGCCAACUUAUAGUUGGUACCAAGUUGUAGUCAAAGCUUUUGCUAUAUUCCUAUGACACACUAUGUAAUAUAGUCAUAUACUAUAGUGCCUGAAAUCUUUAUUAUAUGCGGCUUAAGUGUCUGUCGCAGAUAACUGAUAUGUUGCUUGCAUAACUGUACUAGUCAGUGGGGUGAAUAGUUACAGCAUUUGAAAGUUGAUUGGAUGUUCGUUACUCUUUCACCCAAAGAUUACUGAACCGAUUUGCCUUAAAUUUGGAAUGGAGAUAGAUUAACAUAUAGACGUGUGAAAAACUAAAUUUCAUGCAGAGAAAGACUCAGGCAUCCACUAGUAUUUUAUAACAAAUGAAUAAGCACAGUUUAGAAUAUAUCAGGCAACUUAUACCUACUGAAAUGUUUUGAUAAUAAUAAUAAUAAAUAAUAAUUAGUUAUCCAGACAACUGAAAAAUCAACUCUUGGCAAAAUUAGUCCAUACUGAAAUUUUGCAAUAGAAUGUAAAUAUUAUUAUUAGUUUAGAAAAUAAGUUAUAUCAUUUUACUUUUAUUAUUAAAGUUAUUUAUGUUGUCUAA